CACAGCCCUGGCUAUGGCUCUGUAGCCGCGACCCCUCCGUGUCCCGGCCCGUUUCCGCGCUCACCGCGCUUGCGCUCUUCUCUACCGCCUUCUUUCCUUCAGCCGAGGCCGCCGCCUCUCCUUUCCGCAGCCAUGGAGUCUUCCACUUUCGCCUUCGUGCCUGUCUUUGCCCAGCUGAGCAACCUCCAGAGCCUCCUUCCAGCUGUUGGUUCAGCCUUCUUCAUUGCCACCCGUGCUCAGAGCCUGUGCUGCAGCCAUGUCACUCCUGGCGACCCUGGGGCUGGAGCUGGACAGGGCCCUGCUCCCAGCUAGCGGGCUGGGCUGGCUCGUAGACUAUGGGAAACUCCCCCUGGCCCCUGCCCCCCUGGGCCCCUAUGAAAUCCUUGGGGGAGCCCUGGAGGGCGGGCUCCCAGGGGGAGGAGAGCCCCUGGCAGGUGACGGCUUCUCUGACUGGAUGACUGAGCGGGUGGAGCCCCCUGCCCUGGAUACCCUUGACUUGCUGGCCAUUUACUGCCGCAGCGAGGCCGGGCAGGGAGACUCGGGGUUGGCGCCUCUCCCCCCACCACAGCAGCCCCCUCCUCCUCCACCUCUGCCCUCUCGCCCAGCCCCGUACCCCAAUCCUGCCACCACCCGAGGGGACCGCAAGCAAAAGAAGAGAGACCAGAACAAGUCAGCAGCUCUGAGGUACCGCCAGAGGAAGCGGGCAGAGGGCGAGGCCCUGGAGGGCGAGUGCCAGGGGCUGGAGGCACGCAACCGGGAGUUGAGGGAGAGGGCUGAGUCAGUGGAGCGUGAGAUCCAAUAUGUCAAGGAUUUGCUCAUCGAGGUGUAUAAGGCUCGAAGCCAGAGGACCCGGAACAGCUAGGGGGGCAGGGGCUUUGGGCUAUAGGGGGCACUGGUGUUCAGCUCCAGCUCACUUCUGUUUCUGGGGCUGAGGUAGGAAGGUCCUUCCAUCAUCCCGCUCCCUGUCUGUCCCUCCCUCCUCCUUCCCCUCUUCUUGACCUGUCCUCUCCUGUCCAUUUCUGAAUCUGCUCCCCUUCCCCCUCCCCAGAAUCAUGGAGUGUUUGGCCUUAGUCAGUAUCUACACUCAAGUAACAGCUGAGGGUCUGGGGCCUGCAGGGAAUUUGGGGAGCAGGGGAGAGCUUGCAAACCUGGCGUCUCAGGGAAGUGAGGCCAGGAAGGUAUACAGAAUGAAUGUGCAACUGAGGAUGGGAGAGCCAGCUGGGGACGUGAGGCGGGGAGGGUUUCAGGAAUGGCACCUUACUAACAAUAUAAGCAAAAAGCAAGCCAAGUGACCUUGGGGAGGUGUAUUUGGGCAGGAAGCCAAAAGGCGGCCAGUUUCACAGAGAGAUGAAUAUGCAGGUAGACGGGGAGGUGGGCAGGCUGGGGAAUGACCAUAACUGGUGACUGGUGGUUAGCUCUGGGAGGAAAUCAGUGUUUGUGAAGGUUUGGGGGGAGGGGCUGCAUCUCGGUGAGGGAGGGCAGGGGACUGAUCCUUUUGGUGAUUUGUGAGCGGAAAUAAAAUGAAUUUCCUCUGG